GCGCUGGCCCUGCUGCUGCUCCUGCUGCCCGCCGGCUGUCCCGUGCGGGCGCAGAAUGACACGGAGCCCAUCGUGCUGGAGGGCAAGUGCCUGGUGGUGUGCGACUCCAGCCCCUCGGCGGACGGCGCCGUCACCUCCUCCCUGGGCAUCUCCGUACGCUCCGGCAGCGCCAAGGUGGCCUUCUCUGCCACGCGGAGCACCAACCACGAGCCGUCCGAGAUGAGCAACCGCACCAUGACCAUCUACUUCGACCAGGUCAGCGGGCCGGCUGUCCCCUCGCCUCCUGGCUGGGGCGGCGAGGGCGGGGGCCUGGGCGCGCAGGAGGGUCGCCGCCUUCCCGGAGGUGCAGUGCCAGGCUCUCCCCUCCUCUCUGCCCUGCCUUUCUCCUUUCUCCAGAAGGCUCUCCUUUUCACUUUGUAGCUUUUUUUUUUUUUAAUAUAACGAAUCAGCUCAGUGGGCAGUUGGGUGACUGAGAGCCCUGUAAAGCUAAGCCUCCCGCAGAGCUAAGAGAUCUGAAAUCGAUUUCCCCAAAGGAAACCGUUCGUUUCACUUUUCGCUGGGGUGGGGGCCGUCAUUUGUGGUGGAUGGACUUCCGUCACCCCGCUGGCCAGCUUGGAGACAGACUUUAUUUAAACUCUCCAAGCUCAGCGUGGGGGUUCUCCGAAGGUCUCAGCCAAUGCUUAGAAAAUACGUACCUAUUGCUCAUUUUGUAAUGGACUGGGGAAAGGAUGCUUGUCUUCAAGAAAAAUAAGUGGGGAAGGGUGUGGGGGAAAUAGCAGGGAAGGUUAUAUAUAAACAAAACAAAAUACAGUGUGGUUA